AUGAACGUCAACAAGAAGCUGGGCCGCUUCAAGCAAUGGGCGGGAGAGCGAAUGGGCGGAGAGGUGAAGACCAAUGUUUCUGACGACUUCAAGACCUUGGAGGUUGAAAUGGGACUGAGACAUGAAGGCAUGGAGAAACUGCACAAAUCGAUGAAUCUAUACGUCAAAGCCAUCUCGAAGCGGAACGAGACCGAAGACAAGGAAAAGAGUCUGCCGGUGGGCUACCUUGGGAGGGUUAUGAUCAACCAUGGGGACGAUUUUGAGAACGACUCUGAAUUCGGUCAAUGUCUCAUUGCUUUUGGCCGCACACAGGAGAAGGUUGCUCGAAUCCAGGAGACCUAUGUUGUGAGCGCGACCUCAACAUGGUUAGAAUCCCUGGAGAGAUCCUUGGCUCAGAUGAAAGAGUACCAGACUGCUAGGAAGAAGCUCGACACCCGCAGAUUGGCCUAUGAUACAUCACUUACGAAGCUCGAGAGACAAAAGAAAGAGGACUUUCGUGUUGAAGAGGAGCUACGCAAUGCUAGGGCGAAGUUCGAUGAGACGAGUGAUGAUGUCUACCGGCGUAUGCAAGACAUCAAGGAUGCAGAAGCAGAAAGUGUGAUAGAUUUGGAAGCGUUUCUUGAAGCCGAGCUAAGCUACCAUGAAAAAUGUCGGGAGGCGUUGCUCCAAUUGAAGGGUGAAUGGCCAGCGGCGAAGCAGCGGCCUCAAGCACGAAGCUCUCGGCCACAACAACGCUCCAGGACUAAUACUGGUAACUCCAACCCAUAUGCGCAGAGAUAUGUGCUAUCUGAGGAUCCGUCGCCGCCCUCAUCCCCAGAGCCCGAGCAAAGACCCAGCAUCAAAUCAACCCGUGCUGUGUCAUCUCGGAUAGCGCCAGAGUCAGCUGCAAAGGAUCUUCCAUCUGCCUCGAAUUCUAGACCACCGAUUAGCAGAUCGGCCACUUUCCAAGGACCUACCCAGAUCAGAAGAGAUGUUUCUCCUGCUGCGAAUAUGCCAAACCUAGCUCGAAUUCCAAGUGAUUCACUUACCGUUCGGACACAACGAUCCCAGUUGCGCAAUGUCAACAACGCCGUGGCAGAAUGCGAUGUGUUCGACGACCAGGCAGAUUCGCCGUUCAGCAAUAGUAGUGCUGACCGGUCUUAUGGAGAUGCCUCGGUCUCUCCUGCAACAUCACACGGCAGCAUAGCCGGAGCGCGAAUCAAAGGACCACCCCCACCACCUCCAUCCCGGGCUAAGAAGCCUCCUCCACCACCACCACCUCCUCCAGCGAAGAGAAGCCUGUUGACGUGA